AUGACUACCGUCCGCGCUGCUGUACUCGAGUGUGACACACCCAUUGACCCUGUCAAGGACCGUUAUGGGACAUACGGCACUCUGUUCGAGGGCCUUCUGAAAUCCGGUCUGAAGGAUCUCGGCAAAGACGGCGAGGUUUCCUUGGAGAUCGCAAAAUGGGAUGUUGUUGCGCGAGAGGAGUAUCCCAAGCCAGAGGAAUUCGAUGUUUUGCUGCUCACCGGGAGCAAACAUGACGCAUUCUCCGAUGCCCCGUGGAUCGUCAGCCUGACCAGAUAUAUCGCGGAUAUAUUCCAGCAAACCAAGAAGCCCAUCAUCGGCAUCUGUUUCGGCCACCAGAUUGUCGCGCGGGCUCUGGGAGCGCUUGUUGGCCGGAGUACAGCAGGAUGGGAGGUGGCGGUGGACUCGGUGACACUGAAUGAGACGGGAAAGGAGCUCUUUGGAAAAGACACCUUGUAUAUCCACCAAAUGCACCGAGACAUCGCCUACGAGGUCCCCGCCGGAUGCCUCAACAUUGGAUCAAGCCCGAAAUGCGAAGUGCAAGGCCUGUACAUCCCUAAACGCAUCCUCACCGUGCAAGGUCACCCGGAGUAUAACGAGUUUGUCGAGACAAAAUUGCUGGAGGUGCGGCACAGCCAGGGAAUCUUCGACGAUGCACUGUUUGCGGAUGGGAUGUCGCGGGUUGGGAACAAGCACGACGGAGGGGUAACCGAAUCCAACAGACAGACCAUGCCGAACGAAAUCCGCACCCUCUCCCCCUCGACCAACGAGGUCAUCUUCGAACACCCCGGCACCACCGUCGAAGAGGCGCGUACCCUGGCCCAAGCCGCGCAGAAUGCCUUCCAAUCGUUCCGCCAGCUCUCCCUCGCGGAGCGCAAGGCCAUCAUCGUCAAGGCCCUCGACAUCAUCGACGCAAACAAAGACACCCUGAGUGCGGAGCUCACCAAGCAGAUGGGCCGCCCCAUCGCCUACUGCGCCAAGGAAAUCGACACCAUGCGCAUGCGCGCCGAAUACCUCCUCUCCCUCGCCGACGACAAGCUUGCCGCGGUCCCCGGCCAGGCGGAGGAGGGAUUCCGGCGCUUCGUGAAGAAGGACCCCGUGGGGGUCGCCUUCAUCGCGACCGCGUGGAACUACCCGUACCUCAUCACCAUCAACACCCUCGUCCCCGCGCUCCUCGCCGGAAACGCCGUGCUCCUCCGCAUCUCCCCACAGACCCCGCUCAUCGGCGAGCGGCUCGUCGAAUACUUUGCGCAGGCCGGACUCCCCCCGAACGUCCUGCAGGUUGUGCACUGCGGCUCGCUGGAUGUCCUCGACCAGAUCGUCCAGCUGCCCCAGAUCCACCUCGUCUCGUUUACCGGGUCCACGGCCGGCGGUCUGCGCAUCCGCGAGGCGACUGCCCGCCGCGUCGUUCCCGUCAACCUCGAGCUGGGCGGUAACGACCCGACGUACGUGCGCCCGGACGUCGAUCUCGCAUACGUCGCGGGACAGGUCGUCGACGGCGCGGUCUUCAACUCGGGGCAGAGCUGCUGCUCCAUUGAGCGUGUCUACGUCCACGCGGAUGUGUACGAUGCGUUCAUCGCGGAGGUGCAGAAGGAGCUGAGCACAUACAAACUCGGCGACCCCACGGACAAGUCCACGACCACCGGCCCCGUCAUCUCCGCGCAGGCGGUCAAGAACAUUGCCGCGCAUGUCGCCGACGCCCUGGCCAAGGGGGCUGUCGACGCCACCCCAGCCAACCCUACCUUCGACCCUCUCCCGGCGAAGGGCAACUAUGUCGCGCCGCGGCUGCUCACCAACGUCAACCACAGCAUGCUCACCAUGCGCGAGGAGACGUUCGGCCCGAUCAUCCCUGUCAUGAAGGUGUCGUCGGACGAUGAGGCGGUGGCGCUCAUGAACGACAGCGACUACGGGCUCACGGCGAGCGUGUGGACGAAGGAUAUUGCGACGGGCGAGAAGCUUCUCGAGCGCAUCGAGGCGGGAACUGUCUAUAUCAACCGCUGUGACUACCCGAGUCCGGAUCUGGCCUGGAUCGGAUGGAAGAACUCUGGAUUGGGAUGUACGCUGGGCCCGCAGGCGUUUGACGCGUUCUACAAGCUGAAGAGCUAUCACAUUAAGGCAUAG